AUGAUUCAUAUAGACUGCAAAGAAUCAUCUUUAUAUCCAGGUGAGCAUUUAACAAGAGAAGAAAGGCUUCAUAGACUCGUUCAACACUCUAAAGCUCGUGCACGUUAUAUGGAGUCACAUAUAUUAUUCCAAAUCAAUGCAACACGGUCCAUAAACCCCGACGUUGCACAUUUUCAUGUUGUUCUCGAACCAUCUAUGUAUUAUGUUGCACAGAUUCGUAUAGGUUCUUUUCAAGGUCAACAACAACCAUUCCUAAAUUAUUAUUUGAUGGUUGACACGGGUAGUAGUUUUACGUGGCUUCAAUGCGAAGGGGCCACUAAAACAUUCACUCAAGAUACGCCAAUUUAUCCUUGGAAUUCAUCAAUCACAUAUCGUCCUCUUUCUUGUAAUAAGCAUCGUUUCUGCGAGGGUAAGUGCAAUGCUGACGGCCAGUGCACUUAUGUAGAAGAUGAUGCAACUGGAUCAUUUACGUCUAGUAUUGUUGUUAAAGAAAAAUUCACUGUAGGCUCCAAUACUGGUGUCCUUGAAAGUAUUGAUUUAAAAAUGGGUUAUGGGUUUCGCCAACACAAUUUCAAUCAAUUCUUAGGAGAUGCUGGACAAGGUAAAUUUUCCUACUGCUUGGAGACGUAUGACCCGAAUGUUGAGGGAUCGAAUACGUAUUUAAGGUUUGGUGCAGAUACAACAAUCGGAGGCGGAGAUCAAGAAGUACACACAACACCCAUUGUUGUGAAUAAUUUUUUGACACGGGUAUAUUACUUAAAUCUAGAAGAUAUUAGUGUAGGUAAUAAAAGAGUAGGAUUUUCUAAGGGGACUUUCGAGAUUAACAAACAAGGGGGAGGCGGUACUUCCAUUGAUUCUGGUACUAUAAUAUCCGUUAUGUAUAAAGAUCAUUUCGAUAAAGUUGCAGAUUUGGUGAAGGCACAUUUUCACGAGCUCGACGUUAAAUAUAUUGGUUCCCGACAAGAUUUUGGUCUGUGCUUCCAAAUACCAGAAGCAUUUACUAUUGUCGGAUUUCCUUUCAUGACACUUCACUUUCAACAUGCCGACUACAUUAUUCCUCAUUACAAAGCUAAUUUCGUGAUGAUAUCUAAUGGAAUUUAUUGUUUAGGCAUCAUCGGUGGAGAUACUAAUUGGGUAGCUUUUGCUUUAGGAGCGAUGCAACAAGCUAAUAAACGAAUUUUGUAUAAUAUUAAGGAUCAGUCGCUCUCAUUCGCCAUAGAGGAUUGCAAAUCAGGUUCAUGA